UUGCCGUACAACAACAAAUAUGGCGUCUUCUGCAGAUGUCCACGUCCGAAUUUGUGGACAAGAAAUUAUCAAAUAUGACCUGGAAAUUAAGGCACUUGUUCAGGACAUCAGGGAUUGCCCUGGACCUCAGUCAACUCUCAUGGAGUUCAACUCUCAGGUCAAAGAGAAGUUCAACAAACUGAGACUCAGAAUACAGGAUCUGGAGCAGAUGGCCAGAGAGCAGGACAGAGAGACGGACAGACUGGCCAUCCUGUCAGAGACAGAGAGCCAGCGGAGACAAAUGCUGAGUAACCAGACAGCAUGGAGGAAAGCAAACCUGGCCUGUAAACUCUGCAUCGACCACAGUGAGAAGGACGAGCUGCUGCAAGGAGGAGACUACCAGAGCACCAGACAGAGGAAGGUGACAAAAGAAUGCCUUGUGGAAACCAGCAGCAACAUCACAGAGAGUUUGAUGUCGAUCAGCAGGAUGAUGUCUGAACAGGUGAAGCAGAGCGAGGACACCAUCGGCACUCUGGCCACCUCCUCCAGGACAGUGCUGGAAACCAACGAGGAGUUUAAAAGCAUGACAGGAACCAUCCACUUCGGGAGGAAACUGAUCCUGAAGUACAACCGGCGUGAGCUGACAGACAAGCUGCUCAUCUUCCUGGCUCUCGCCCUCUUCUUCGCCACCGUCCUCUACAUCCUUAAGAAGCGUCUCUUUCCCUUCAUUUAGCUGUUAAUACACACACUUCAGGAAGAAUGUUUUCCAGUUACCAAAAUGGCUCUUAGCCGUUUUGAAGUAAAAACUCGAGUACAUAGUUGGAUCAGCAUUGAGACUGAACUUCUGCACGAAGAAACAGAGUCGAGUGGCCCUUGUUUUUAUCUUGAUCAAUAUGCAAAAUGUUUCUUUAUAAAAUGGGAAUGAAGGAAAAAGUGUUAACUGGCAUUCUGAGGUUUUGUGCAACAGUGAUAAGCUUACAGCCUGCUUCAAACAAACUUGGGCUGUUCCAAACAUCACUGAAGGCUUUUUAUAUACUUGUUGCACUCUAAAGGAUUCUAUGGCUAUUGAGUAAUCAUGUAGUCUCAAUUUGAUAAUUAAUAAUAUAUUGAUGUACAAUUUCAUACGGUCUAUCCUUCUACCCUUAAGACGUUCAAAAGGCUGCAUUAUGAGUGAAAGCAAUGAGGAAAGCUUUGAGAAUGUGACUAUUCUACCCACUUUUACUCCUGAUCACCGGUGACUGUUUUAGAAACAUCAUUUUUAAUUUGUAGUUCGAAAUUCAGAACUAACCAGGGACUAAGCCAUAACCUUCACUUUGUUGCCAUCAGUCAAUUUAAGGUGUGUGUGUGUGUGUGUGUGUGUGUGUGUGUGUGUGUGUGUGUGUGUGUGUGUGUGUG